AUGAAUAAAAUGAAAUUUUUUAACCGUUCUGUAAAAGUGAAGAAAGAGAAACCUUUUGAUUUACUGCCAGACGAAAUGAUCAUAUGCUUAUUGAGUUUUGUUGAUGUAGAUUCACUUCUUAAUUGUAGAAUUGUUUGUAAAAGAUGGAAAUCAUUUAUUGAUGCAUAUGUGUUUCAAGAAAAAGCAUCACGAGAAAAUAAAUUUGUAAAUAAUGGUAAAGGAUAUUACAGUUUCUCACAAAUUGAUUCAAAUACUGUGCGAAAGUUAGAAUUUCCAUGGUAUGUGUUUUAUGCAAUUUGUAAGUAUGAUCCAUUCCACAGAAACUUGGUGCGAAAUCAUUGCGGACAAGGCAAGUAAAAUAGUUUUGUUUUAAUAUAUACUUUUAAAUAAUGGUUAGUUAUUUUUGGCUUCGUUGUAGUUAUUUUUCUUAUUCUAGGUUUUUUUUUUUUAGUGCUAAAUUUAUAUAAAUAAAACUUAAAUUGAUUUGGAUAAUUAUUCAUUGUCCCUUGAUCAAUCAAAUUCCAUAUUUACUUUAUGUAUGUUUCUAUUUAUUCAUUUGUAUUUGUUUUUUUUUUUUAUUAAAAAAAGCCAUAUUUUAUUAUAUCAACACUCAAAUAAAUUAUAAUGUAUGUAUUAUAUCCAAAGAUAUAUAAAAUAUAUAUACACCAGUGUCGGUUCUAGCGUACGGGCAAGGUGGGCAAUUGUCUGUGCCAAAAUUUGGUAGUAUCAAUCAAAACGUUUCCAGAAAAGUUGCAUAGUGAAGUUUUAAUUGUUUAUACAUGUUUAGGUAGUAGUACCUAUUCAUCGCUAGUUGUUUAAUAAUAUAAAAAGCAAUAAUGCUAUUAAAACGAUUCGCGGGCUAUGACAGAAAUUAUAUUUAUUGAUCUAUUUAUUCAUACAUAUGUAGAAAAAAAAACAACAAUGGCUUUUAAAAGUAAUUAGUUCGUGAUAACGCGCACCCGUCACGGCAAAAGUGCGUUUGGGGCGUAUAGUGCCGCGGCGACGCCGGUAUAAUAUAUUUUAAUUGCAUUAAAACGUCAACAGCGCCUAACCGCUUAUAGAAUACUGAAUAGUAAAAUUCGCUUCUAUGAGAAACCGAAACUUUGCGAUGUCAUGACCUCGAGGUAGUGUGCGUGGUUGUUACGAUCCGGCGCGACGGCUGCUAUACGAUACACGAUUCCUUUAUUUUAAAUUUUUAUGAGAAAAACCUAAAAAGAACAAAAAUAAUGCUUUUAUUAUUCAAAAUUAUUUUUGUUAAUUUCAAUUCAAUUGAAAAUAUUCGCAAAAGCUUGACACUGUGACAGAAAUCUUAUGUUUGGUGUGACUUGGUAAAAUUUUCAAAAUAUUUGAGUUAUGAGACAUUUUAAUUUUGCGAAUUUUGUACGUGGAUAAAAUUGUCAGACCAAACCGAAUUGUUUGAAAUAUUUACCAGUCGGUUCAUUAUAAAUCAUACUCAGUGUAAAAACAAAUAAAUUAAGUUUAAUGUAGUAUUUUUUUUUAUAGAAGAAUAAUAUAUCAAAUUUCGACGAAAAUCGUAAAUAUUAUACGGUUUUUCAGAACAUGUAAUACCAAACUUCGGUCCGAAUAGUUUUUUGUUAGCAAUGAUUUAUUGUAGCUCUUUUCUCCAUUUGUGUAAUCUGUGUUGUGCUGGUGGGUCUUGGAUUGUGAUUGAAUUGGCAAUAAAAUUUCUUAGAGAUUUAAGUCUUCUUUGGACUCCUGAGUACAUGUAUGAACUGUCUGGUCCACUGUUUGUUAGUUCUUUCUAUGAUAACACGCCUUUGUUGUUUUUGCUGAUAUGUACCUAUACUUAUCUAUACGCACGCCUGUCAAUAUAGAUAAUAGAUAAUAUUAUGGUUGCGGAGCAAACCGUGAUAAUGUGAAGCUCAAAACGUGUGUUGGCUUUCACAUCAGCAUUCGGUGCUUUCUAGGUGAUAAAUACUAUGACUGCAUUAGUAAAUAUAAUAUUAUUGCUCAAGUUCCUAGGGGCAUUGAUUAAUUUUAUUAAUGCUACAGGGUUACAGAAGCAAAAUAUAGUAAAUAAAGUUAUUUUUUUUUACUAUUUAAUAAUACAAUAUUUAUAUUCGUGGUAUGCAAUAAAUAAAUAGCCGGGUUCACAGUUCUCACUCAAGUAUUUUGAUUUAUUAAUUAAUAAUUAUCAUUAGGUAGUACCUAACUAGUUUUAUAUUACCUAUAUUAAUUAGAAAUUUAGUUUUAGGAAGUGACCAAUUUUGAUACCUUCCUCAUUUUGGUUUUAAUUUGGCACUUCAUACUGAUGGAAUUGCUCCAUCCUAAAGUUUAAAAAUUUUAAGACAUCUAAAUAGCAAUUUAUCAUUUAUUGAAAAAUGAUAAUAAUAUAGGUACACUGAAAUAAUAUACUCAUACUCUGUAUUUAUUUUUAUCUUCACCAGAUUCCCAAGUAGACUCUAUCACUCUCCUUGUGAAAAUUUGAAGUACACUCCCUAUAACUUUUUUGAAAAAAGUUUUAACACAUUUUCCCAUUUAUUUUUUUCAUAUUCAUUUGUAGGGACUCCGAAAGUAGUUUUUGAAACUUUAUAUUGAUAAUCGGGACAUCUGGAUUUUCCCGGUGAGCUGUUAUUUAUAUUAACGAAAAUUAUAAAAAUAAUUAAAUCUAUUCCCAUAACUGAUAAAAAAUACGCAACAGUGAUUGAACUGUUAAAAAAGAGAUUGACAACUUUAGAUAUAUAAAAUAACUAGAUAGCAAACUCUGUAUACUGGCUUGACAACAAUUUGAAGGCAACCAUUUACAGGUGGGGGAAAAAACGAUUGCAAAAUAGGAUAUAAUCGACUUCGAUAUAAUUAUUAUCGAUUUUUAUAUCGAUUCGAUGUUUAUUUCAUAAUUCGUGUUGCAUACUUAGACGCUUACGGUGCUUAUGGUAACGCUCACGCUUAUGAACGGUUCGUUUAGACAUAUAGCUGAAUAGCACUACUAGGUGGAUUUCAAGACGAACGCAAAUAUAAGAAUACUGAUUGCAAGGUUUAUAGAUAAUAUAUGUCGCCUCACAUUCAUGUAAACAAUGUUAUUAUCUUGUAUUUAUUGUACGAUCAUCGUAGUUAUCAGCUGUUAAUUGUUAUCACUAGGUACUAUAAUUGUAACGAACUAACGAUGUUAUUUUAAAAAUUGUUAAAAUGUUAUUUACUUCAAACAUUUUUAUUUCUAUAAAUUUAUAUAAAUCGCAGUCUUAACGGCGUGGUCGCAUUCUACAAAGAAUAAUAAUUUAAUUUUAGGUGAAAAUAUAGCCAAACAGUUAUCACUUAUUUUGGUGUAUCUAUUAUCAUUUGAUUAGCUUGUGAGCGUUUGCUGCCCUAUAUUAUUUUUCACGAGAGAAAAGUAGUGUUUCGCGCAUGCAGACUGAGGUGCGGCGUGGGGAUGCGUAAGAAUGACUGGUUUUCGUCGAGACUCAUUACCGUUCUUUCGUGAAAAAUAGUAUACUUCGAUGCGAUAAGCGUUUGUGAGCGCGGAUCGAUGACGUAGCGCUCAAAUUCAGUGACGUCAUGGAUGUAGUCUGAGCGCUAUCAAACGCCUAACCAAACGGCGCGGUGUCGCUUAUAAGCGUUUAAACGAGUUACACGAACGCACCCAAUGUAAUAAUAACAACAACCGUUAAAUAUCAAUGAUUCACUAUCGUUUUUGCCCAACCUGUAAAUGGCGUAUGACUUCAAUAUUUAGGCAUUUUAUAAAUCUAUGAUGACAACAGAGCUUUCGUUAUCUAGGUGCACAUCAGAUCGAUUUUGGACGACAUGAACUAAUAUAUCUUAGUUUGUGCUGGUCGAUUUCAGUUAUAGACAUAUUAAUAAAUGGACUGCGCUUAGAGAAGGAAACACAGAACUUAUAUUGAAUGAGAUAGUGAGAGAGAGAGAAUGCUAGUUAGGGCCAUUCGUAGAAAGAAUGUUUGAAUAUUUUAAUGUACACCAUGAAAUUAUUAUUAUUUAUUAGUUUAUCACGUAAAUUUAAUCUAUUAUAGUGGAAAUAAUAACAAUCAUUUUCAUGGUGAAAUAAAAAUUUAAAAGUCAUCCAUGAUUGCCCCUAACCAUCACUAUCCUCACUCAAUAUUGUUCAUGAACACCAUAAACGGGAGGUGAGGAAAGCGCAGUCCAUUUAUUAAGAGUGAGGUCACACGAGCGUUUUAUUAACGGACGUUACUUUUCCGGUCACACUAGCUAGGAACAACGUCAGUUAUCAUCAAAAUAGAUGACGAGGAGGUUGCGAUUUUUGCGUAUACUGCUUUGAAAAUUAUUCGCGAAAAACAACGAUAAGUAAAUCGUAACGGACGUUAUAGCAUGUCUUGCCUAUCAUCAACGUCGAACGGACGGUAAAUCCAACGGACGUCCGUUAAUAAAACGCUUGUGUGACCUCACUCUAAUAUGUUCAUCAUUUUAGUAAAUACCAUUAUGACCGACCAAGUAGGUACGGGCCGCAACAAGGUGGUACGCAUAAUUGGUGCUUGGUAAAGCACAAUAUUAUUUUGUGCACCCAGCCCGUUCAGUAUUUCUAAAGAAAAUUAAAAGAAAAAAAACAAUACUGAUAUUAUUACAGCUAAUAAAUUUAAGAACCCACAUCUGUAAAUAUUAUUUAAAAUAAUAUGAAUAUUUGAAACUAUUUAGACAUUUAGUGUCUAAUACUGUUCAAAAAUAUGGAAGUUCAAAGUUCAAAUUCAAUUAACACGCUGCAAUUUUUAUUUUUAUGAUCAAAUUAAUUUUAUUGAGAAGGGGUAUGUAAGCAAUAACGUUGUAAAUAUAUUUCAAUUAUGAUUAUUGUCAUGAAAUGUGAACAAUCUACUUUUAAUUUAGGAAAGCCUAUAAGUAGCAAUAUUCCACCGCUGCAUCGUUAUCUAGUUAAAAAUCUGUUUUACGUUAUUCACGUUUAAUUUCUAUAAUGCAUUUUAUUCAUUCGGUAUACGGUAAUCACCUACAUAAUUCGGUUACUUCUAUAAAGCACUAAAAUUUGUAUUUACAAGUUCUACAGAGUAAUAUAAAUUUCAUUAUAUUGCUUUUGUUCUUUAUAGACUAACUAAAAAUAAAAAGGAAUUGUAAUUAUGGUUGAUUUACGUUGGGAGCUUGUAGAAAAAUGGUAUGUUAAAAUUUUAAAUUCGUAAAAUUCUGGACAACAUAUAACAAAUACAACAUAGUAUAUCCGUUUUAAGGGGUUAUGAGUAGGCCAUAAAUAUUAUUCAUAUACUUAAAUUUGACUGUUCAGAUGUAAUUUGUUUAAAUCAGCAUUACAAAGUACAAAGAUUGAAAUACAAACAUAUACUUAAAAUUAUUACAUUUAUCAUUAUUACAUAUUAACAUCAUAAUUUCCGUUAUUUACUACAUUUGGUAUUUUAAUUUAAAGCUUACAAUAAAUUUACAUAUUUACAUAAUUACGUAUUAUGAAUGUAUUAAUUCUACAUUAGAAAAUAGGAAUGUUGAGGACAGAUGUAACCUGGAAUUUUAUUAUGUACCUAAAAGAAAACAACAAGAAAAAAAAGAGUUCUGUUACUAGGGACGGGUGGAGUCACUGUUGUAGAUGCGAUGUUAGGAAGAUAAGGUAUAUUUAGGAUUUAACUAUUUUAUUUAUAUUUUUGUACGCAACGGUAAACUAUUGCUAACGAAAAAUGAUUCGGAGCGCAAUUCAGUAAGACAUAUUUUAAAAUGGCGUAAUUGUUACGAUUUUCUUCAAAAUCUGAUCUUAAAAUGCUUAUAAAAACAAAUUCUAAAGCAUUGUAAAAGAUCUAAAAAAUUAUGAAAUUUAAAACUAAGUUUGGUCAAAAAUGUAAUUUUUGUUAGAGUUGUAUAUUACAGAAAAUUAAAAAUUAAUUUAGGUUAUCUAAAAAUAUAAAUUAAUAAAAUUAAACAAAAAUAAAAACAAAUUUAUUAAUUUUAUGCACUCUACAAAUUUAAAUAGUCUCUAUUAUAAUAUUUACUUUUGUAAUAUUUUUAUUUUGUUACUAUAGGUAAUAAUUUAAAUAGUAUCACUAUUAAUUUAUAUUUUGGAUUUUGAGUGUAGUUACAUUUAAUGAUGUUUAAUUUAUUAUUUUUAUACUGUGAAUAAGAAUUUUAAUAGAAAUCUUGAAUUAUAUACCGAAUUAUACCGAAUUAAUACCGAAUUAUCAAGUAAAGUACCUUUUCUGAAAAGAAAUCGUUGUAGAGAGGUACUUUAGCGAGGUCAUUUUUCGAUUUUCUCAAGAGUUUUUUCAAUAAAUACGAAUAACCGAAAAAAGGCUGAAGAAAAACGGGAAAAUCGGUACAUUAAACAAAUAUUAUUAAAGAUAAUAUGUAAUGUCUAUUUAAUUAUUUUACCAUAAUGUGGCAUACAUAUAUCGUGUUUUACAUUUUGACUGUGAUAUACCUGAUGAUGAAUUUUAAAUUCGAAACUGGUCGUAUAAUACACUUAUCAUAAUACUCCAGGCGACGCAUUCAUUCAUUUAUUCAUUUUUAUAUUUUUUUUCAUAUAUUUCAUUUUUAUAUGUAAAUUUUUUAUUUAUAUAUUUAUUUACUAUACAUAAUAUAUUGUUGACAAAGCAUUACUAUCAACUGAACUCUGCUCAGAUUCGUUUUUUUCGUUAGCAAUGGUUAAUCGUUGGUAACAGAUAUACAUUAAAUUACCUAUAACAGUGGCCGCAAAAGUUCCCAUUAUCUUAGAACGUCUUUUUUUGUUUUGAACAUCAAUAUAUUGAUGAAAUAAGGACGAUGGUAAAGUCAGAAUUGAGCGGACUGACUUAGUUUCGAUUUAGUGACUAAAUUAUAGUUUUUUGAAGUUCUGGUAUUAUGUGGAUAUGACAUGUUAUGUUAAAUAACUCAAUAUUGUUUAUUUUAUGGUUUGCAUAUUGUAAUUUAAUGAUGGUAUAUACCUGUUGUCAUCCUAGGAGUUUGUACUGUCAUAUUGUCCAGAUUUUAACAUUCCAGGGUUUUACAGGCGAUCACUUAUAUUUUAUAUCUGUAUGAAAAAAAAUCAAGUUUGAGUUCGACUAAAAAUAUAAAAGUUCUGUUCGGCUUCAAAAAAUAUUGUAAAAGUCAGGUUCAAUGUCAAAAAUCAGAGUUCGACUCAUCACUAAUUAAUUCCUUUUCAUUAUAAUGAGACAUAAGUAUUCUUUAAAUAAUUUUGUGAAAAAUAUAUAAGUAUUAAUUUUCAAUUUUAUCAAUAACUCACGCAGGAUUUAUAGGUAAUAAUUUUAAAUAAAGUUUUUGGAUUUCAAGAUUAAUCUCACAAUAAUAUAUGCAUAUGUAUAUUUAUAUUUAAAUCAUAAUGAUAAUUUUGUUUUAAAUAUAGAUAAUUUUAAGCACUGGGCUUUCAAUGACAUGUGGUGGAUUAUUGAAAAAAAUCCAGUUGGUGCUGAUCCAUUGCCUGAUGAUCCAGAUUUUGAUGGCCAAACAUCUUGUUUUGUUUCAACUUAUAAACUAUGUUCUAAAAGUCAAACAAUUUUAUUCAAAAAUCAUGGUUUAACCAACACUAUAAUGAAAUUACUUAAACCUGAUAUUUUAGUUAGUGAAUGGUAAUACACUGCAUUAAUAAGAAGUAUUUUUUUUACAUUAAUUUCAAAAUUGAAUUACAGGUAUUCGGGCCGAUGUGAUUGUGGCUGCAAGUAUAUAUUCAAGGCAUCUGUUCAUGAUAGAACUAAUAUGGUACUAGAAUUACAUGAUUAUAAUAAUAUUUUACUACAGUGGCAGGCAAAUAAAUGGACCAAAGUUUGUAUUUUUAACAUUUACAUAAUUAAAUAUUUUUAUGUCUUUAUAUUUUAUUUUAGAUUUCACAUAUCUUUAAAAACCAAAGCAAUGCAUCUUCCAUCAGUAUUUAUCAUGCUGGAGUAGAUACACAAUAUUGGAGGGGUCACUAUGGUUCUAAAAUAUCUGGCACUGUUUUAAAAGUCAUGCUGCCCAUACAAUUAAAAGGUACUAAUAGUAGAAUCAACAUUUAAAUAUAUGUAUCUAUCUAUAUUAUUCUGAUAGUAAAAAAUUAUACGCACAUAAACAAAAUAAAAGAUACAUUUCUAGUUUAAUAAUAAUUUUUGAUAGUUAAACUUUGUCAACAAUAUAUAUAUGUCAUGUUAUAGUAAAAUAAUUAAAUAGGCUUUCUAUAUUUUCUUUAAUAAUAUUUGUUUAAUGUUGUAUCGAUUUUCCCAUGUUUUAUCCUGGUUUUUCACAUUUGUUGGGAAAAUUCCAUAGUAUAUAUUAAUAUAGAUGCAUAUUUUAUAUUAUUACGACCGACGAUGCUGACGAGUGACAACACUAUCCUAUUUCGUUUCAUUAUUACAGUUAUUUAUUGUAAUUUGAUAAAAAGUUUCUUAAUUAUUUAUUUAUUUUUAAAAUAAAAUGAUUUCAAAGUAUCAUCUGAUGAAAUAAAUAGUGCUAAAAAUCAGGUAUUUACUUAUAUUAAUUUUUAAAAUGUUUUUUUUAUCAAUUUUUAUAUUUAUUAUUAAUUAUGAAAUAAUUAGAAUUAGUUCUAGAACAAAGCUGACAAAAUACAUUUUUUAGAGCAUCUUAAUUUAUUUUGCUGCUUAGCAAAUAAUUCAGGUAAUUUUCUUUUAAAAUGUGUAGAAUUUGCUUUGUACUGUUAAUAUACGUAAGAAUGCUUUUUUGGAAAAUUUGCAGUUUUUUCUUUUACAUCUCAUUGAAAUAAUAGUAUCAUAAACUUCAAUUUGUCUUGUUCAUAUAAAAAUGUUCCGUAUGGUGAUUUUACAGGUGUGCUUUUAUCAUUUGGAUGGGCAACAUUAUCCAAAUUGAACCAGUUAUUAAUAAGUUGUAUGCAAUUUGCAGUAUCAUUUAAUAAUUUUAUAUUCUUGAUAGGUCUAUAAUGUAGGAAUGCUGUGGCUGUAUUAUGACUGAAGAUGAGUAACUAAUUUUACAUUUUGACGUUGAGACUCUUUACAUUUUAAAUGUUCUUUUUUAAAUUUAUAACAUACACUCACUUCAGAUGACACCUUGGUUAUCAAUGCUUCUAAUGGUUUUCUAUUUAUGCCGGAAUAUUGUGCACAAUUCGCCACAGCACAACACGAUCUACUUUUAAGUUUUACAUUACAUGAUACCAUUAUAAAGGUAUUUAUUAUCAAUAAAUAUAGUACUAAUAUUAUACCAAUGAUUUAAAUAUAUAAUAUGAGUACUGAUAAAUAUACAAAUCAUUCAAACGAAAACUAAAUCUCAAAUCACGGAUAAAAUAGCCGGUGCCGGAUGGAUGACAUUAAACAAACAUUUUGUUUAUAAGAUGAGUGACGUCAUGGCGUUUUUUCUUCCUUUCCUACUUUUAAAAAAUUUCCAUGUGAGGCGGCUUAUAUUAUCUAUAAACUCUAGAUUGAAACUACCUUAUAACUAUAAUAUAAUAAUACUAUUGCAUGAUAUUAACUCACGAAAAAGAAAAUCCUGACUAAUAUCUUAAUAAAUAUUAACAACUAAUAUUUUUUUCAAAAAAAUUUUAGUAAAAUUUAAAAUUUUUCAUUUUAAGUCCCCCUCCCUCUAAAAUUAUAUUCAUGUUUAAACUGUAGCGCUGAAGUAAACUAAUAAUUUAAAAAAAAAUGUAUAUCAAAAUUAUUGAAUAGAACAAAAGUUAUUGCAUUUGUCGAAUCCUCGUGGGACAUUCUGUAUAUUAUAUAAAUAUAUAUAUAAUUGUAUAUAGAAAUUCAGAUUUUGUGUUCAAAUUUGAUAACAUGGGAUUAAUAGAAAAUUAUUUUUCAAGAUUUGUUCACCAGACUUUUGAAUUCCAGGUUUGUACGGAUCAAAUUUCAAUAACCGUAAAACCCUGGAUUCAAAAUUUGUAUUUUCAAGAAACGUAUGUUCCAGAUUUCUACAUUCAAGGUUUGUAUAUUCCAGAUUUGUACAGGUAACCUCUCGUGCAUAGUUGUACUUUAUACACGUUCGUCACGGACUGAUAUAUAUCUUAGUUCGUGAUGCCAUUUGACAAAAACCAUCAUACAGUACUAUCAACAGAAUAUUUAGGUACACAUUUGAAAAUGUAUAAUUGGGAUGAUACAACAUCUUCUACAACCAAUAAAAACGCACUAUGCCACUAUUACCAGCUAAAGAAAACCAAAAUUAGAAAUUGAAAUUGGCCACUAUCAAAAUUUCAGAUUAUUUGAAUAAGCUGCAUUACCAUGUGCAUAGCGUUGUUUACGUGUUGUUAAUGGUCAUGACUUAAUAACGAACAAGAUUUUAAAACAUCUCCCCAAAAAAACAAUUCUAUACCUAACUUUCAUUUUUAACUCCAUGUUAAGAUUGUCCUAUUUCCCUGCUAUCUGGAAACUAUCCAUAGUUAUUCUCAUACUUAAACCAGGAAAACCCCCGAAUAUUGCAACGUCGUAUAGACCCAUUAGUUUAUUCCCAGUGCUUGGCAAGCUAUUCGAGAAGAUCGUUUUAAAAAGACUUAGACCAAUAAUCGAAAUCCAAAAAGUUAUUCCCAACGCACAGUUCGGUUUUCGUGCAAAUCAUUCAACUAUCCAACAAGUCCACAGAAUAAUCGACAAAAUUUCUUCUUCCUUCGAAAAUAAAAACUAUUGCCCGGCAGUCUUCCUGGAUGUGGCUCAAGCCUUUGAUAGGGUUUGGCACAUUGGCUUACUUUAUAAACUGAAACUACUCCUCCACUUUACUUACUAAUUCGUUCUUACCUCGAAAAUAGAACCUUUAAAGUUCGACAUGGUAACUGUUUCUCCUCAAUCUUUCUAAUCCUAGCAGGUGUUCCCCAAGGAAGCGAUCUCUCUCCAGGCCUUUAUAAUAUUUUCUCUUCUGACAUCCCUCAAAUCAAUGAUACCAUCAUAGCUACCUACGCUGAUGACACAUCUAUUCUUUCCUCUAAUAGGGAUCCGUUCGUAGCAUACAAUGCUCUUCAAAUACACCUUGAUCUUAUAGAUAAGUGGUCCUUAAACUGGAAAAUUAAAAUUAAUGUCGACAAAUCAUGUUCCUUUCACUUUAAAUAAAAAAAAUAUGCCUAUUCCCACCCUUCAUGGAGUACCUAUACCCUCCUCGUCCUAAGUAAAAUACCUGGGUAUUAUUUUAGAUAAAAGACUUACCUCAAAUCCAAAAGAAAGUCACUAAAUUCUAGAUCUCACUUAUUACGUCCAGUAUUAAAGUCCAAACUUCCUCUCCACAACAAAAUACUUUUAUACAAAACAAUGUUAAGACCUAUCUGGUCGUACAGAGCCCAAAUAUGGGGNCCACAGAAUAUUCGACAAAAUUUCUUCUUCCUUCGAAAAUAGAAACUAUUGCCCGGCAGUCUUCCUGGAUGUGGCUCAAACCUUUGAUAGGGUUUGGCACAUUGACUUACUUUAUAAACUGAAACUACUCCUCCCUGCUCCACUUCACUUACUAAUUCGUUCUUACCUUGAAAACAGAACCUUUAAAGUUCGACAUGGUAACUGUUUCUCCUCAAUCAUAGCUACCUACGCUGAUGACACAUCUAUUAUUUCCUCUAAUAGGGAUCCGUUCGUAGCAUACAAUGCUCUUCAAAUACACCUUGAUCUUAUAGAUAAGUGAUCCUCAAACUGGAAAAUUAAAAUUAAUGUCGACAAAUCAGUUCAUGUUCCUUUCACUUUAAAUAAAAAAAAUAUGCCUAUUCCCACCCUCCGUGGAGUACCUAUCCCCUCCUCGUCCCAAGUAAAAUAUCUGGGUAUUAUUUUAGAUAAAAGACUUACCUGGGGUCCUCACCUCAAAUCCAAAAGAAAGUCACUAAAUUCUAGAUCUCACUUAUUACGUCCAGUAUUAAAGUCCAAACUUCCUCUCCACAACAAAAUACUUUUAUACAAAACAAUGUUAAGACCUAUCUGGUCGUACAGAGCCCAAAUAUGGGGUUGUGCUAAACCUUCGCAAUUAAAAACAAUCGAAGCUUUUCAAUCGAUUUCUCUUCGUAUAAUCACGUCCGCUCCUUGGUACGUUUCCAAUCUUACCCUUCACAAAGACCUAAACAUAGAAUCGGUUGUUAAUCUAGUUAAAACAUACUACAAAAAGUUCCACUCAAAAUUACUUCUCCAUCCCAACCCACUAAUUGCGAAUCAACACACGGUCACAAUCCCCGAAAAUCCCCCUCGUCGUCUAAAAAGACGUUGUUGUCGAGACCUACUGAUUUGAAAGGCGCGCUGGCUUGGCAGAAAUGCCGGAAAAAAUAGGGGUGUAACGUCAUAGGGUCCUAUCACUGGAUAGCUUCCCUUCUCAUUGUCUCUUCCCGUCAUAAAUCGUGUGUCAUAUCUGCUUAUUGUAUUUGUUUUUUAUAUACAGAUUGUAAAUGUCAUUUUUUUAAUAAAAAAAAUAAUAAAAAAAUGAAAUGGAAUGCAAUUGAAAUAAUGAAAUGCCACGCUAUGCCAUGAAUUCAUUACAACAUUACCAUCGAUGAAUAAACAUUAUAAGCAUAAUUCAUUUUGAUAAUAAUUAUUUAUUAAUUUCAGAGACUUUUUGUAGACUUAAAUACUGUGAAAUCUAGGUAGUAAAUGUGUCGACCUUCCUCACGGAAUUGUGUUAUGCUUCUUAAAUACUUUCUUCGCCACACAACCAAUUCAUUUCUUUCUGUCAGAGGACCAUUUCGGCUACGUUUAAUGUAACGGAAAUCCAAUGCUUUCAAAAGGCGAAAUAAAUUUGUGCGCGAUAUUGGCGGUAGACUAUCGUCGGUGGACACAAGUUGAUAGAUUUUGUCUACAGUUGGUAUUUAACCAAAUGCUGUGGACGUGUCUACGCACUGAAUUUUUGUCAAAAUUGUCAGUCAUCAAUGAAUGAUUUUUUUUUACGAUUUUUUGAGGGAAUUGAGAUCGUUUUUGUUUGGUUGUAUUCCUUGAGGAUAGAAUCAAUUGUUGUUUUACCAAUACCAAUUGAUUCAGAAAUAAGUUUACACAUUUUGUAAAAAGGCAAAUUUGGAAACAAUGGCAAAUUAAUCUUGUAAACAUUUAUUACAGCGAUCCUUCGUUGUUCACCAAUAGCCUGCAAUCAGAAUGUAUUAUAAUAAAAUAA